AUGCCUUCAUCAGUACCUCACCCAAGCCGGCGCGCUGCGGUGCGAGAGCGACCGAAACCUCCCAAUCCAGUCGUCGCCGAAGCCGAAAAGCAGUGGCUCUUCUCUGAAGAUGAACUCCUCCGAACACCAUCCAUUAUCGACGGCAUGCCCCCCGAAUUGGAGAGGGGAAACCGCAAGAAAGGAGCAAACUUCAUUCUGCAGGUCGGCAUACUGUUGAAGCUACCUCAGAUGACCCUCUCAACCGCCUGCGUCUUCUUCAAUCGAUUUCUCAUGCGCCAGACCCUCGUGGCCAAGCCGGCCGAAGGCUUGAAGCCGAUGCAUCAUUAUCAAGUUGCCGCGACCUCCCUAUUUCUCGCCACCAAAGUCGAGGAAAACGGCCGCAAGAUGAAGGAGCUGAUUGUCGCCUGCGUACGAGUCGCGACGAAGAACCCCAAUGCCCUCGUCGAUGAGCAGACCAAGGAUUUCUGGAAGUGGCGCGACACCAUUCUCUACAACGAAGACGUCCUUCUCGAGACCCUUUGCUUCGACCUGUCCCUCGAGCCAACACACAAGCUCAUGUACGAGAUGCUGGUGUACCUUGGUGUCGAGCACAACAAGAGACUGCGUGACGCCGCCUGGGCCUUCCUCAACGACAGCACUCUGACGCCACUUUGUCUACUUUUCAGUUCGCGAACCAUUGCCGCCGCGGCACUUUUCGCAGGCGCAAAGAUGUGCAAUAUCGCUUUCCCCGACGAGGAUGGCAAGCCAUGGUGGGAGAUUCAGUAUGUGAACUUGAAGGAUAUCCGGCGCGCAUGCAACCACAUGGCAGACAAUUACGAGCAUGUGCCAGACAAGGAUGGCGGCCAUAGUAUCUACGUAGGCCUUCGUACCCCCGAGGACGAAGAUCCUCUAUACGCGAUUACUAGGCUAAGGACCUCACAGACCCCAAUCAGCCCCGCUGCCAGCUCUGUGGGCAUGGAGAGGAGUGCUAGCGACCAGAGCCUCAAGCGGAAGCGUGAUGACGGUGUUGUGAUGGAGCGCAGCGCAAGCGACCAGAGUAUGAAGAGGAUGAGAGGAGAUAGACCCGAAAACGGAGUCACCAAUGGGAUAUCCUCGCGUAGGAACUCGAGGCCCGGAGAUUCGAAGACCCAGAACGGAGAUGUACCGAAGCCUGCACCAGCCCGGAAUGGAUCGACUUCGCGGACUGGACCACCUCAGAACGGCGAGGUCUCGAAGCCUGAAGCGAGCACGAAUGGAGUCAAGCCGGAGGCAAAUGGUGCUUCCAAGCACGAAUUCAAUGACUCGACUGCAGCGCCUGCCAUCCCACGGAACGAAAACGACGACGUUAGUGAAGAAGGAGAAGUCGAGGAGUAG